AUGAGGCUCUUCCCCUUGUUGUGCGGAUGUGUCUUGUCUUCUGCUGCUCAAUACGUGGCAGCGGGGGACAGCUCGACCCUUCCCUCUAUCCAGAUAUCGAACCAAUCCCUGACUACUUCCCAUCCGCCUUCUAUCCUCGGUUUCGAAGUCAUCGUCGUGGUAAUGACUGGCAUUGCAACUAGUACCCUCGACAGCGGUAUCGAUCACAAGGGUUUUACGACUUACGAUUGCACCACUUACACUACGGGCGUUACUCACACUUACACUCGUCCCAGAACCUCGACUAUGACGACUACGCAUACCGAAUUGUCAGAGCCUAUUCCCACUACUGGUGGCAGGGGUAUCGGAAUCACAAGCGUCAGUGACAGCGGUUCGAGUAGCACUAGAAGCGUCAGUACCAGCAUCACAACCGACAGCGGCACCGAGAUAACCAGUGCAGGAACAGGCUCAGAUACGAGUGGUUCCCCUCUUCCAAAGUCGUCGGUCCCUAGCACACCCGAGAGCGUUACUUCAUCUCCCGAUUCACUGGCGUCGCUGACCUCAACUACCAUGACCUCUAACCUCAAUGGACAUGGUUCUCUAAUUACUACCUCGAAUACCCCGGGCUUUGCGACGAAUAAUGCGUUCCCUGGCGCGAUUAUGACGACUACUACUGAUGAACAUGGCAAUAUAAUCACCGUCCUGAAUAGUGCUACUCAGACCACGGCCGCCCCAGUUCCCGAUUUCAUUACUACAACUGAUGCUGAGGGCAACAUCAUCCCCGUUUCGAACUGUAUCGAGCUCACUUCUUGCAUUCCCUGGCAAACUCUCUCAAAAGACGCCAUCUCAUCCAGCAUGUCCGCCAUCUCUUCUGAGUUUCGCAAGCUCCUGCCAACGUUCAGCCCUUGGGAGAUAAAUCCGGAGCCGCCCCUUCAGACAAGCAUCAUCAAUGGAGUGCAGGGAGUCGAACAUCGUAUUGAAGACCUUGUCAAGAGACUCGGUGGGGAAAGCCUUCCCAAGUGUCCAGAGAGCAAGCGAGGUCUCUUUGAUAGCCUGUUCGACAUCGCUGCUAAUGCUAUGGACACUAUUAUCAGCGCCUUGAACUGCAUUACGAGCAACACAGAGAGCCUGAAGAAGGAAAUCAAGGGCAUAGAUAUUGAAGCUGUCAAGAAUCUCCUUCCCAGGUUGAUUUCACUCGAUGACAAGCCAACAUCGACGACAAGCCCAACGGUCACUUACAGCACCCGCUCAAGUGUCUCCUCAUCGUCUUGCACAUCGACAACGGCAUACCAGGUCAUAAUCCUCUGUGAGCCAAGCUCGAUCACCUCCGUUGGCCAGGAAAUAGGAACCACAACGUGCCCGUUGACGACAAGCGUUACAACAGCCGAUUGCUCUGCCACAGAUACUACCAUUACUAUCACUAGUACUGCGACUCCUACUGAGACUGCAUGCGCACAGGAGUCAUGCGCUGGCGGAUCAUGUCCUGCUGGAGAUGGAAAAUGGGUGACCAUUAGCCCUAUCGACUGCGCAAAAGUUCCAACCGUUACUGUCGGCGGUUUGCCCUCUGCAACUCGUCGCCCGGAUCACACUGUUCCACCAAGAGUGACUCGCAGGGUUUAUAUCAAGCAUGAUAAUGAUGAGAAUCCCACGAAUUCCCUUCCUUCGCUUUCUGCACAAGGUAGCGAGUUGACCGAGCAUCUCAAAGAUCUUGCAGGACGACUAACCAUAGAGGGGAAAUGGUUGAGCCAUAAGAAUGGCGACACAACAGGAAAAUGGUACCCAUUCGCCAACGAGAAGACAGCCGCGGGAGUUACUGAAGCUUCGUUCAGCGCAUUAGUCAACGGUGACCUCGAAUCUUAUGAGCUUGAACCACUCAACACCCUCAUCGGAACGACGGAAAACCCCGGCCCACUACACUAUACCCUGCAACCAAAGAUCUUCGCUGUCACACCUUUCAAACACGGCGGAAUCGGUCCACUUAUGUACGCGAAACGGAUUGAGUGGUUGCCCGACCAGCUUCACAAUUACCUUUAUCCUGACGGCUCCGGACAAUAUGACCAGAAGCCCGAGUCGAUUCCCUAUAAGAUCGCCCCUCGGUACCUCGCCGAGAACCCUGAAAGCCUUUCAGGAAAGAUCAUCUUGGAGGCCACACUACUCGACCACUAUGAGCAAUCCGAAGGCCAUCUCUCUGCUAUAGGUCGUUGCCGGCUGUGGAUCAAUGGGAAAGAAACUGUUACGUGGGAGUUUUCGUCUCAGGGCUCUGUCAACGCUGUUGGCCAUGGCUUGAACGUACUUAGGGCUCGUGAUAGCCAUUACGCAGGCAUAUGCCCUGUCUCCACGCUUUCAUCGACGCAGACUUCCACCACGUUUACUACGACUACAAAGCAGCCUUCUGCAUCGUUCACAACAGCAAGUCAGUCCCCAACUACAACAUCAGCCACCGAGACCGCCACAGGCGCAGUUCCUCUACCAGACGACUCCAGCCUAAUCGGAAAGCUCCAAUGCUAUGAGCACUCCGACUCCGCCCCAACAACAAUCGACGCACCUACUGUCCAGACCCUAUCUGACAAAUGCUUCGAUGGAACAACCAUCCCCGCCGAGAAGCUCUCCCUCGGCGGUCCCGGAGAGCCCAGUUCUAUCUCCUGGGCUGUCAACAACUACUUCACCGAAAUCAAAUUCGAUCCACGGUGUGAGGGUCCAGCGCAGAACCCGCAGUAUCCUAUGGUGGGGUAUGAUUGUCAGAGUAUCAUCAGGGAGAAUUUCGCAUUGAAGUCUUGUGUGACGAAGAAUGGGUUUGGGGGCAGUUUGAGGGUUGGUUGUUUGAUUUAUAAUUCGUAUGUUAAGGGGGGUGGUUGA